AUGGAGAGGGGUGAGGGGAAGUACGAUGGGGUCAAUCUCAUCUGGUCUCCCUCCAUUGCCGGUCCUCUACCUCUGCCUCCCCAUCCCCCUGGUCCCCGCCCCCCCGCCCGGUCUCCUUCGGGUCCCCCCUCGCCCGGGUCCCCUCUCCUCUUCUGGUCUCCCCCACGUCUCUUGUCUCUCUCCUCUCCCCUCUCUCCGCUCCCUCUGGUCUCCCCUCCGGGUCUCUGGUCUCUCUUCUCCUCGCCUCUCCUCUCCUGGCCUCGUCUCCCUCCCUCCUCUCCACUCGUCUCCCCUCUCCUCCUCCUCCCCUCCUCCCUCUUCCUCUCUCUCCUCGCUCGUCCUCUCCUCUCCAUCUGGCCCUCCUCGCCUCUCUCCUCUCCUCACUGCCCUCCUCCCUCCUCUCCUCCGCGGUCUUCUCCUCUGAUCAGUGCUCCUCCCUCGUCUGCAGAUCCUCGACCAUCCUCUCCUCUACACCUCAUCUCCUCCCCAGCUCUCCUCUUCUCCUCCGCCCUACUCCUCAGACCCUCCUGCUCCGUCCCUGACCUCCCCUCCGGGUCUCUUCCUCUCCUCUCCCUCCUCUCACUCUCCUCUCCGCUCUCUCUCCUCCUCCUCACUCUCGUCCUCUCUCCUCUCCUCUCCCUCUUCAUCUACUCCUCCCUCUUCCUCUCCCUCUUCCUCUCCUCUCGCCUCUUUCCUCGCUUCCCUUCUCCUACGCCUCCCUGCGAGCUCUAUCCUCGUCCUGCUCUCCUCCGCACCUCCUUCUCCUUCUCUCGGCCUCCCUCGCUUUCGUCUUCCAAUCCAUCUCCUCUCCUCUCAUCCUCCUUCUGGCGGCAGUUUAGCUGA